AAUAGAAAAUGAAUAUACGGGAAUAAAAUAGUAGAAAUGAAAAGGAAUGGUUGUUUCUUAUCAAAUUUAACAAGGAAUAAUUUUGUUCUUUAAUUCUCUACAAAAAAGGAAUGAAAGGGAAUAAGAGAGAAUUAUUAUUCCUUGUGAAUGGUAAUUUUUUUUUUAGGAACGUUAGAGAAUGCAUUAUUCUUCGCCGUUCCCUGGUCACCAUUCAUACCCUUAGUACAAUUUCUUACAAGGAAAAAAACUACGGGAAAAUUGCCAAAACGGAACAAAAAUUUAGCAUGGUUGUCCCUUUGGUAUAAAACUAAUUUUGUCCAUCUUGUCUCCCUUUUACCCUUUCACUUUCCAAAAUUUAAUGAAAUAAAUAGUUUUAUGAAUCACAAAAAUUAAUAAAAAUAUAAAUAAUUAAUAAAACACCGAUAUACACAAACACGUAUAUAUUUUUGGUUGAAAAACUUGAUAAAUAAAAUUUUUAAAUUUUGUUCUACUAAAAGUAGAAUUCGUAUUCUACGAAAAAUGAGUUAGUAGAAAACGAAUUCCAGAAUAAAUAAGUCCAUCUACUUUUUUAAGAACGAAAAAUCUACUUUUAAUUAAAAUUCUAAAUAUGGGGAAUGCGAAUUCUACUAAUUGUAAAGAUAUCUACUUUUCUCUCAAAUGCAAUUUCUACUUUUAUGAAGUAUUCUAAAAUUUCGGGAAUGCGAAAUCUAAAUACAACACGUACGUCUACAUGAGGUAGAAAUUGCAUUCAAGAUUUUUGUCAUGGUUCUACUCAUUGUAGAAGGUGCCUUCUACGGAUAAGCUCGAAAAUUAAGGAAGUUUCUGUUAAGAAAAAAUAUUCUAAAAAUAUUCUAAUUUCCUAAAACGUGUUUUGAUCGAUUUGCUUUGCCAAAAUAUAAAAAAAAAAUGAUUUUUCCUUUUCUUCUUCUUCAAUCUAUGAUUUCUCCAGAGUUUGUCUUGUGAUUUUCACAAACUCUUUUUCUAUGAUGCAUAUCUAUACACCAUGUGGUGUUUGGAAAUUUGGUGAAACCACGAGAUGAGUUUUUUCGGCUGAUAACAAAAGGGUAGGCUACUGUUAUGGGAAUCAAGUUCUACAUUAGAAGAUUUUAAAAGAAUGGCUGUGGAGGAUUUUGAUAUGGAAGAAGAUUAGGGUUAGUAGGAAUAUUUGGUUACGUACUUAUGUGUCUUUUGUUCUAUUUUUUAAUUGUUUUUACAUUUCUUUUGCCUUUCUAAAACAUUUUAUUUUUAUCUUUUUACAUUAAACUUUUAAAAAUGGUUUUAAUAUAUGUUUAAUUUGACUAAUGAAAGGUUAGUUUUGGCAUUAUGAAAAAUAUUAUACUAUAAUGACAACUUAGUGAUGGUAUUAUACUAAGGGGACAACCAUCCUAAAUUUUUGUUCCGUUUUGGCAAUUUUCCCAAAAACACUAAAGCAUCAUAUAUUUGUACACGGAGGGAGUAAUAGUUUAUUUGUAUAGUUUAUUCUGAUUUUGUAUUUAUCAAUAUUAUGUGUUUAGAUAUGAUUUAAAUCUAUAUGAAAAUACAUUUAUAAAACAAGAUUUGAGUCGAAAAAAUCAAGGGAAAAUUGCCAAAACAGAAUAAAAAAACAGAAUGGUUGUCCCUAUGGUAUAAAUUCAACUUUGUCCAUUUUAUCUCUCUUUUACCCUUUUAUUUCUGAAACUUAAUAAAAUAAAUAGUUUUAUGAAUCAAAAAAAUUAUUAAAAAUAUAAACUAUUAAUGGAACACCAAUAUACAGAAGGACAUAUUUUUUAUUUUUUCAAAAACUUAAUAAAUAAAAUUUCCAAUUUACGUUCUACUAAAAGUAGAAAUCGUCUUCUACGGAAAUUGGGUUAGUAGAAUGCAAAAUCCAGAAUAAACACGUACAUCUACUUGUUUUGGAACGUAAAAUCUACUUUUGAUUCAAUAUCUAAAUAUGGGGAAUGCGAAUUCUACUAAUUGUAAAGAUAUCUACGUUUCUGAAAAAUGCAGUUUCUACUUUUAACAAGUAUUCUAACAUUUAUCGAACGUGAAAUCUGAAAACUACACAAACGUCUAAAGAAGGUAGAAAUUACAUUCCUUAUUAUUUUCAUGGUUCUACGCAUUGUAGAAGGUGUCUUCUACUAAUAAAAUCACCUGUUUUUGGCGAAAAUAAAGGAAAGUCAGUUAACAAAAUAUUCUAAAAAUAUUCUAACUUCCUAAAAUGGUUCUGCUCGAUUUUCUUUGUCAAUUUUUUUUUAAAAAAAUGAUUUUGCCUUUCUUCUUCAUGAAUCUAUGAUUUUUUCAUAGUUUCUCUUUUGAUUUUCAGAAACUUUUGUUCUAGAUUAGAUGCAUAUCUAUACAACAUGUGGUCUUUGGGAAUUAGGUGCAACUACGGGAUGGAUUUUUGAGGCUGAUGGCAAAGGGGGUAGGCUAUUGUUAGUGGAAUCAAAUUGUACUUUAGAUGAAUUAAAAAGGAUGAUUUUGGAGGAUUUUGGUAUGGAAGAAGAAAUCAUAGCCGAUUUGGAGUUAAGUUAUCUACCUGCUGAGUUGAUCAAUACUUCAGGAUGUCCACCUGUGAUCAUUGCAAACGAUCGUCAGCUUCAUAAUUUUGUUCGAUUUGUUCAAAAGAGUGCUUCUACUCGAUUGUGUGUAACAUGUAAAGCCAAGGCUGAGAAUCCGAAUAAAGAAGCCUUUGAUCUUAACAAACCGCCAGCUGAUCCAUGUACUCAUGAAGAGAAAGGAAACUCGUUUGACAAUGGGGACGAAUCAGCUCCUGUGUAUGCUGAGAGGCAGGGGAAUAAGAAGAAUGAAAAGCGGAAAGGAGUCGCAGUUGAUGAGGAUGGGGACUAUGAUGCUGAUACCAUGAUCUCUGAAAAAGAGAACAUACAUAAAAUGUCAAAGUUUUCUCUGCUCCAUGUUGUUAAGGUCGGACAAUUUUUUGAGAACAAAACUUUGUUGAAGGCGACUUUCGAGAUGUGUGCAAUGAAGCAUAACUUUGACUACCAGGUUAUCAAAACGGAUAGACAACUUUGGUAUGUUAGAUGUGCAGAUAAUGCAUGCAAUUGGGGUGUUCGAGCAGAGUGUCUGAAGGAUUCAUCAUAUUUCAUGAUCAAGAAGUAUGUCGGUAAACAUACAUGCGCACCUUCAAGCAAAACCAAAGCGGGUAAGACUGCUUCAGCAAAAACAAUAGGCAGUCUGAUUAUGCAUAAGUAUGUAGGCGUCAAGGAAGGGCCGAAAUGUAAUGAUAUCAUACAGAUUAUGCGUAGUGAUCAUGGAUGCGAGAUAUCAAAAUCUUUAGCAUGGGAUGCGCGUGAAUAUGCGAUCAGUGCAGUUAGAGGUAUUCCAGAGAGAAGUUAUGGGAAAAUACCAAAAUACUUGCACAUGCUGAGAGAGGCUAAUCCAGGUACACACACAUCCUAUGAGAUUGACGGAAAUGAGAACUUUCGUUACCUAUUUAUUGCAUUUGGGCAAUCGAUAAGAGGAUUUAACAGAGUCAUGAGGCGGGUUAUUGUGAUCGAUGGGACCUUUUUGAAGAAUAAAUACAAAGGAGUUUUACUGGUUGCUACGGCUUUAGACGGAAAUUCAAAUUUGUAUCCUAUUGCGUUUGGAAUAGUCGACUCAGAGAAUGAGCGUUCUUGGGAAUGGUUUAUGAGACAACUUAAGGUUGUCAUUGCAGAUGAUCAUGAUUUGGCUUUUAUUUCAGACAGACAUGGGUCUAUCGCUAAGGCAAUUGAAAACGUGUAUCCAUCAGCCAGACACGGGAUUUGUAUUCAUCAUUUGUUGAAUAAUGUGGUCACAUAUUUCCAUGGGAAAGGACUUGCUGGGUUGGUUUCAAAGGCGUCCAAGGCUUAUCGAGUUUCUGAGUUUGAGAAGACAUUUGCUACUGUGUGUAAUAUCAGUCCGGCAAUUGGAGAUUAUCUUAGGGAAGCUGAUGUGCAAAAAUGGGCUAGAUGUCAAUUCCCUGGAUACAGAUACGACAUAAGGACAACCAAUCCUGCUGAAUCUAUCAACUCUGCUUUGCGUUCACCGAGAGAGUAUCCAGUCAUCCCUUUGUUAGACAGUAUCAGGGAAAUGUUAACACAAUGGUUUUAUGAGCGUAAGAAACUGAUUUCAAAGCAUAAACAUCCUCUGACUAAAGAUGUAGAGAAAAAAAUAGAGAGGAGAAUCGGGAAAGGCGCCACAUUUGUAGUUUACCCUGUCAGUGCUGGUCGAUUGCUUGUUAGAGGUGAUAAAUUCGACUGCUUAGUUGAUUUGGAUAGAAGGACUUGUUCAUGUGGAAAGUACACCCUUAUGAAGAUCCCUUGUAGGCACGCAAUUAAAGCUGGUUUUCAUGUUGGAAGAGAGCCACACACAUUGACUGAUUUGAUGUAUACUACAGGAGCUUGGAGAGAAGCUUAUGAAGAAAGCAUAAAUCCUAUUGAUGUUCCUGAGGAUGCUUGGUCUAUACCAGAAGAUGUUAAGAAAGUCAUUGUUUUACCACCACAGACAAGAAGAUCAGUUGGAAGAAAAAGAAAACGCAGAUAUGAAACUGCGGAAGACAAAAUUCGGUCAUCGCAAAUAUCACGAAGAAAGCAGCCUCGGAAGUGUAGUAGAUGUGGUAUUAGUGGGCACAACAGAGCAACUUGUCAAGUACCAAUAUAGUCAGUCACAAAUGGUUGCUCUGUUCAAGUUUGCAAGUGGCGGUAGAUGGCGAGCUAGGCGAGCUUAUUUCAAAGUGCAUUCUCAUCAUUUGGAUAAAUUUCACAGGUUGCUUUGUACGGUUUUUUUCUUCUAAACACUAUAGGUUCUCUUUUCAAUUGGAUAAAUUUCGUUUGGAUUUUUU